CCUGUUUCCUUCCUCCCCUGUAUAUAACUUCUGUCUCUGCCUCCUAAUUCUGUCAGCCUCGGCAAUAAUUCUCUCCCUCUCUCUCUGUCCCACUGAACUUUUUGCCAAGAGUCUUCACCAUGGAAGUGAUGAUACCGCCGAGCAUGGAGUUCGACUUCAACAGCUCCCGUUCCUCGCCUCACGCCAGCGCUCCGUCCACGCCAAAACGCUUCGGCGAAUACUACUUCAGCGCUCCGAACAGCCCUGCUCGGGUGGCCGAUUUCUACCGCGAGUUCGAUGAGUUCUCAGCCAAAAACCUCAGCGACCCUUCUCCUUCUUCUUCAUGUUCAGCCGCUGUUCCAUUCGUUUGGGAAGAGAAGCCCGGCACUCCGAAAUCACCGCAGCCUAAGGCUUUUGGGAGAGAACCUGUUGAUUUUAAAGAUGAUGGUGAUGAUGGAUUCAACUUCGCUUUCGACUUGAGUAAGGACUCCGACAGGCACUCUCUUUCGGCCGAGGAGCUCUUCGACGGUGGGAGAAUCCGCCCGCUCAAGCACCCUCCAAGGCUACAGAGCGACCGCUCAGCUCGGACGCCUCCGAAGAGCCCGCUCGCGCCAUCGCCCAAGGCUCAGAGAUCGCAAGCCAGAGGCUUGUUUUCACCUAGAGCGAGAAAAGAAAGCGACCCUUCCGAAGCGGCGACCGAGAACGCUAGGAGGAGCGCAGAGCCCCGCCAAGCCAGAGGCAGAGAGAGGUUGCAACGUUCGGAUUCUGGCCGGAGAGCGGCUCGGUCGCUGUCCCCGUACAGGGUCUCUGCCUAUCCCUGGGAGGAAGAAGAAAAACAGCCGACCAAACAGACGCCGACGUCCAAGCCCCCCUGUCUCACGGGUCCUUCGGCUUCGGCUGCGUCGAAAGGUUCGUCCAAGAAGUGGAGCUUGAAGGACUUUUUGCUGUUCAGAAGCGCAUCGGAGGGCCGGGCCACGGACAAGGACCCAUUCAGAAAGUACGCGGCGAGCUUCCGUUCCAUCGACAGCCCCACCGGGCCGGCGUCGCGGCGGCGAGGCCCAGUCUCUGCGCACGAGCUGCACUACACCGUGAACAAGGCGGUCUCGAACGAUCUGAAGAAAAAAACCUUCCUCCCUUACAAGCAGGGGAUCCUGGGGAGGCUGGCUUUCAAUCCCGCGGUCCAUGGCCUGGCUAACGGAUUCGGGUCAUUGUACCGGCAAUGAAAUUAGAUCUUAACAUGAAUGUUUUGUUCGUCUGGAAAUGUUGGUUUUCCCUUACAGUAUGUAAAGAAGUUUCUUUGUUCCGAAAAGUGUAGAGAUCUUUACGUGAGGAACAUGUUUCGUAUAUGUUGUAUGAUGAAGGAGAAGAUCCUGUUCUUUCAAUGAUCAAUUGAGCUCUUAAUUUUUUU